AUGAAAGUCACUGAAAAUCAGUAUGAUAAAUCUAUCACAGAAGAAUAUGAUUAUUACAAUAUAACCUAUGAAACCUCUGACAUCUGUAUCAAGAAAAAUGCCAUCCAGUUUGCGACAGCCAUCACUCCAAUCAUUUUCUUCAUCAUCGUUCUGUUCAGCUGUGUGGGAAACACUCUGGUCAUCUGGGUCCUUGUGAAGUAUGAAAAUCUGAAGUCCCUCACCAACACAUUUCUGUUAAAUCUGGCUCUCUCUGAUCUGAUUUUCACCUUUGGCCUGCCCUUCUGGGCCUACUACUACAUGUAUGGCUGGACUCUUGGAGAUCCUGCUUGCAAAGCAGUUAACUUUGUGUUCUACACGGGAUAUUACAGCAGCAUCAUCUUCCUGACGGUUUUGACCAUCCACCGCUACAUGGCCGUGGUUCAUCCCAUGUCGGUGGUCAUGUCUAGGAAGAGCGUGCACUGCUAUAUGACAGCAAUUCUCAUCUGGAUCAUCAGUCUUUGUGCUGCUAUCCCACAAGCCAGGUUCAACUCAGUUGUGCACAACGAUGCUGAUGUAUUCAUGGAUGCUCAAAACAACAGCACCACUGCAGUUCUGCUCUGUGAUUUUGCUGGUCAAAUUAAUUGGAAAUUGUCAAGUACAUACAGGCAAAAUUCCUUUUUCAUUAUUGCUUUUGUUAUCUUUGCUUUUUGCUACACUGUGAUCUUGGGACGGCUGCUUCGACCAACAUCUCACACUAGUAGAAAAGAGGUGCAUCUCAUCUUCUUCAUUGUGGUGUUUUUCUUCUUGGGAUGGGGGCCGUACAACGUGGCCAUAUUUCUGGACUCUCUGAUUUCAUGGAAUAUCUCUCCUUUUACUGAUUGUGAGCUGAGUAAAUCUAUAGACUAUUUGAUGUAUGUCUCUCGGAUGGUGGCUUUCUCACACUGCUGCCUGAACCCUGUGAUUUAUGGUCUUCUAAGAAUUCUGUAG